CGAAGACGUGAGUCAGGAUCCGACGUGGCAGGCACAUCUUCAUUAGCGACGAAUCAGGCUGAGUUGGCAGCCCAUCCACGUACGCAACUGCCUAGUAAGUGGCAACACUACUGCACCUACAAAGGGAAGGCCAGGCCACUAUCGCCUUUCCCCGUAGGUGCGUUUGAACUGGGAGGCUUUGUUGUUGUUGUGAGAUGCGGAGCUUUUUUGCAGCGAUCGCCGUCCGCUGCCGUGAAUUCGCCGAUUCUUCCCGUUUCUCGCAUCGGUAGUUUGCCCUCUAUGAUGGUGCCCAAGCCGGCCUCCAGCUGGGCCCGAUUGAUCACGACCGGCUUGCUUCGUCGUCCGUCGCAUCCCUUCCACGCUUCGCGCUCCACCAUUGCUCCAGUUCGAUUUCCUUCUUCGCCGUCGUGUGGUCCUUUCGCUUCCGUCUUGCGCGAACGCCAAUUCUGCUCGAGUUCCUCUAGCGGCGACGAGAGCGAGGAUCAUCUUGAUGAGUUUCUCGACUUUCCUGGGGCUAAGGUUGGGUUUAUCAACAAAAUCAAGUUCACAGCGGAGCGACCGCAGGAACCGGUGCCCUGUUUUCGUGUCCUGGACGAUCAUGGGCGCCUUAUAAAGGAUGCUUACAUGCCAGAGGUGGAUAAGCCUCUUGCAAUUAGGAUGUACCAAAAUAUGGUGACCCUUCAGGUUAUGGACACUUUAUUCUUCGAAGCGCAGCGACAAGGUCGGUUCUCGUUUUACUUGACCACGUUCGGAGAGGAAGCCAUCAACAUUGCGUCUGCAGCUGCACUAAAUAAUGACGAUAUGGUGUAUGCCCAGUAUCGAGAACCAGGCGUGCUGAUGUGGCGAGGUUUCACCCUUAAAGAGUUUGCCAAUCAGUGUUUCUCGAAUGUUGCUGACUACGGUAAGGGUCGUCAGAUGCCGGUGCACUACGGCUCAGCAAAGCUUAACUACCCUACUGUUUCAUCACCUAUCGGAACGCAGCUUCCACAUGCGGUUGGUGCAGCAUAUGCUUUCAAGAUGGACCAGAAGCCCCUUUGCACGACAACUUUUUUUGGCGAAGGUGCUUCAAGUGAGGGUGAUUUUCACGGGGCGAUGAAUUUUGCAGCUGUUCUAGAAGUACCUGUUUUAUUUAUAUGCCGUAAUAAUGGAUUCGCUAUCAGCACUCCAGCUUCCGAGCAGUUUAAGAGUGAUGGGGUAGUUGCGAAAGGUCACGCAUAUGGAAUGAGAAGCAUACGUGUUGAUGGCAAUGAUACUCUUGCAAUGUAUGCUACGGUCAAAGCUGCACGAAAGAUGGCCGUGGAGGAAAGCCGACCCAUCCUUAUCGAGGCAUUGACGUACAGAGUAGGUCAUCACUCAACAUCAGAUGACUCUGGUAAGUACCGCAAGGGUGACGAGAUGCAGCACUGGAAAACAAUGCGUGAUCCAGUUUUGCGUUUCCGACGUUGGUUGGAAGGAGAAGGAUGGUGGGACACGGAUGCAGAGCAGAAGCUUCGAUCCGAUGCACGCAAUGAGGUCAUCUCGGCCUUGCAGAGUGCGGGCAGUCAAAUGAAACAACCCCUAACAAAUUUGUUCACGGAUGUAUAUGACACCAUUCCCAGAAAUCUCAUACAACAAGAAAAGGAACUGAGAUCAACUGUGGGAAGACAUCAUGAGGAUUAUCCAUCUGAUGUGCCCUUGUACUGAUAUCUUAAAAGAUGAAGCUUGAAAGAUAUCAGGUGUUGAUAUGCCUUGCGAUUGUGAAUCCAUACGUUAGAUACUAUUCAACAGGUCAGAAGCUUCUGAGUGCUACCUCCACAAUGACCUAUCUGUUUAAUAUGCACAUCUGUACAUUCUGUUCUUGUAAUAUAAAUUCUCUCGAAGCAGUAGUCAGCGGAUGAAGCAGUUGUCAGAAGGAUUAAGCAAUAGAGUUUCACAAGCAUAGUUGAAGUCACUGCUGGGUAGCACAAGCGCUGCAUAGACCAACUUAGGAUUGAAUACUGGUUUGAUAGAGGGAAUCUUUGGAACCCUUAUUAAAAAAGUGGAGCUAGAAUCAUAGUGCUUCGUCUUCCUACUAAUUUCUUACCUCUACAAUUUCACGAUAAUUAGUGAUAUGGAGAUUUCUUUGGAUUUGAAAACUGAUCUUUUUUUUCAAGGCUUGAGAUUUUAAUCAAUGACAUCAAUGAACAGCAAAAGCAUGGCUGAUGAGCUUAUUGCAUAUUUUCACAUCUAA